AUGUCCUCCUGGAAGGAGAUGGGCUUUGUGCUCGACCUGCUGCUGCUGCGGCUGCUGUUGCAUGCAGCCCCUGCAGCAGCAGGAGCAGCAGCUGCGGCGGCUGCUCCUGUCGCCGCAGGCUCGUGCCGUACUGGUGUAGCAGCAGAGAGCAGCAAAGACUCAUUGUGGGGCCCCUCCCUUACAAACCGGGCCGGCAAGGGGAUUACCAGUGACCCCGCAACAGCAGCAACAGCAACAACAGCAGCAAUAGCAGCAGCAGCAGUAGCAGACGCAGCGGCAUUAGCCGCUGCAGCAUCUGCAGCAACAUGUCCGCCACAUAGGCAUCACAGCAGCAGCGGUGGCAGCAGCAGCAAUACUCCCUACAACAGCAACAGGGGCGGACACCGAAGCAGCAGCAACAGCAGCAGCAGAAGCAGCAACAGCAGCAGCAGCAGCAACGGUGGCGACUCUGCCACGGCUCCAAGAGACAGAGACCACUGCAGCAGCAGACGCCUCUCUCUCAACAGCUACCGUGAGCAGCAGCAGCAGCAGCAGCAUGUCUUGCUGCGCCCUCGUGAGGGGCCACGAGAUAGUUCAUGGGAGGCCUCUCGGGUGUCUCUGCAUGCGGCCUUUAUGCACCAUCGUCUGCAGCAGAUGCAGCAGCAGGACUCUCCUGACAAACAGCAGCAGCAACAGCAACAGCACCAGCAGCGGACACCUCGUCCUGUGCAGCUAAACCCUCAUCCUAGGGCAGGUUGGCCACCGGAAGGCCCCCGCCCUCGUGUGCUGCUGCAGCCGAGGCAGCAGCCGCCGCUGCUGCCGCUGCCGGUGCCGCUGCUGCAACGGCAGCAGCAGCAGCAGCAGCAGCAGCAUUUGGGGAGACAGGUAACAGUUGUGCUGCAGGAGAGAAGACAUCCGAGGGUGCUGCUGAGGGCAAGAAGCGACUCCUUGGAGCAGCAGCAGCAGGAGGAGAUCCCCCACAGCAGCAAAAGGCCACAUGGAGACGCUGCUGCUUCGGAGGCCUGGGAGCUGUCCGAGAGGAGCCCCAAACAACAAAGAUGCAGCAGCAACAGCAGCAGCAGCAACAGCAACAGCAACAGCAGCAACAGCAGCAGCAGCAACCCAGGAAGUAUCAAGAUCAUCGCCGCCUCGGAAAGACGCGCUGUCUUAUCUGCGGCGCCACACACCAGCCAAGAGCUGCAGCAGAAGCAGCAGCAGCAGCAGCAGCAGCAGCAGCAGCCUGGCAUGCAGAAGGAAAGCAAUUCCUCUGCAACAACUCUAAAGACGUCCAAUUUAACAGGUCCGUCGGAGACACGUGUGGGGGUUCUUGCUGCUGUCUUAAGAAAAUCCAGCAGCAGCGAGAAGCAUGUCGUUCGGUUGCUGCCUCGCAGUGCAUCAGGAGCAGCAGGACAAGCUGCUGCUGCUCCUGUCCCUGUUGCAGCAGAAGCAGCAGCAGCUGCUGCUGCUGCUGCCCCCCCAGCAAAUGUGCUCGGGUCUUCUCUUUCCUCACACAUGCCACAUCCCCCCGUACUCCUAGCUCCUCGUGCAGCAGCCCCUACUGCUGCUGUUGCUGCAGCUUCUCCUGGUCCUGCUGCUGCUGCUGCUAGCAACCCCUGCCUCGUGUACUCGUCCUCCCCCUUUGCCUCUUGGAGGCAGCAGCAACGCACCAAGGGGAAUACGCAGCAGGAGCACGAGCAGCAACAGAACCAGAAGCACCAGGAGCAGCAGCAGGAAGCCAAGACAUCAGGGGCCGCAGCAGCAACUCGUGACUACAGCAGCAGGCACUCUGCGCAAACCUCACCGCCCCGGCAGCAGCGGCUGCAGGAGCAGCAGCAGCAACAACAAAAGCAGCAGCAGCAGCCGAGGGAGGUACCACAGCAGCGCAUGCGAGGAUGGGCGGAUUCACCGAUAAGCGCUGCGCCACGCAUCGAGAGGCAGCAGCAGCAUAAGCAGCAGCAGCAGCAGCCACGGCAGUUCGAUCAUAAGCAGCAGGAAUACUCAGAUGAUGCUAGCAAGCGAGGGCAGAUGCAGCACCUGCAUCAACAGCAGCAGCUGCAGCAGAGCUCGAGGUCUGGCGGCAGCGUCGUCUUAAGCUCAACCCGCAGCAGCUGCUGCAGCGAGCAGCAGCUGCAGCAUGACGGACAGAGGAAGCAGCUGCCACAGCAGGUGCAGAAACAGCAGCGGCAGCAACAGCACGACAAGCAGCAGCAAGAAAGAUACCAUGCACGGCGAGACUACCAGAGGCAGGACGACCCUUGCGAGGCACCCGAGCAACAGCAGCGGCGACUGCAGCAGCAGCAGCAGAGGGGAGAACAGCAAAUGCUAAUACAGCCAAGGUCCCGUUAUCACCACUCCAGUUACCGCCCCUGGCAAGAAGAGCAGCAGCAGCUGCAGCACGAGCAGCAGCUGCAGAGCCAGCAGCAGCAUCAGGAGCAGCGGCAUUAUCAGCAGCGGCAUCAGCAGCAGAGGUAUCAGCAGCACCAGCAGCAGCAGCAACAGCAUCAGCAGCAGCGCCUCCGCAGCCCCGAAUGGCGUGAAGAUGCAGCAGGUGACUACCGCCAGAUGCAGCAGCAGCACAUGCAGCAGCAGCACAUGCAGCAGCAGCAGCUGCAGCAGCCGCAUCUGCAGGAGUAUCGUCAUCAGCAGCAGCCACGGGGGACAUAUGAGAGACAGCAGCAGCAGCAGCAGCAGCAUUGGAGACACGAAGAAGAGGAUCGCUACAGCAGCAGAGUAGUGCUGCCUGACAGCCGCUCAGUGUCUCCUUUCAGCAGCAGACCCCCAAGCCAAUAUAGAGACAGCUGGCGCAGCCAGCAGCAGCCGCAGCAGCCGCAGCAGCAGCAGCAGCAGCGGCACCGGCAGCAGCACCAUCGACAGGAGCGCAGCGAGGAGCGCUUUUACGACUAUCAGCAGCGGCAGCGGUGGCCUCGGCACCAGGAACACGAACUGCAGCAGCAGCAGCAGCAGCAGCAGCAGCAGCAGCAGCAGCACCUGCAGCAGCAGCACCUGCAGCAGCAGCACCUGCAGCAGCAGCAGCACGACUCCCGCAGAUCCAGGCCGUCACCUCCCCACCACUUUCAUGUUCCUUCCCCUGAACACAGCAGCAGCAACAUGGGCUACCGCAUGCAGCAGCAGCAGCAUCAGCGGGGUCGCAUGCAUUCACGAGAGGAGCAAUGGGAGCACCGCAGCAGCCGUCGCUACCCGUAUCCUGCUGCUGCUUAUAGAGAUUCCCCUGCUGCAGAAGCAGCAGAAGAAGCAGCAGCAGCAGCAGCACGAUAUCGCAGAGUAUCGGAGAGGGACUUCCGUAAUCAUUCUCCGCCUAACAGAGGCCGCUACAUGCAUGCAUAUGAUUGUCCUCCUCCAGCAGCAGCAGCUGCUGCUGCUGCUGCUCAGCACCGGUCCCCCCGCCACUCCCGCUACUGCAGCCGCAGCAACAGCAGCAGCAGCAGCAGGCGGAGUUUUGAGCACUCCCGCAGCAGGUCAGCUGCUGCGUACCGCUGA